UCUGCUUAACAACAGUAACGUCACACGGACUACAGGGGAGUUUUGUUGGAAGUUGCAAAGUCCUGGAGCCUCCAGAGGGCUGUCGGCGCAGUAGCAGCGAGCAGCAGCGUCCGCGCGCUCCGGCGAGGGGCAGACGAGCUCGAGGGAGCGCGGGGUAGCGGGAGCUAGAGCCGAGCGCGCACCGACCCGGGACCCGCCGCCGUCCCCAGGCCGCUCAGUAGAGCCCCAGCCAUGGCACACCAACUCUUAUGCUGCGAGGUGGAGACCAUCCGCCGGGCGUACCCCGAUGCCAACCUCCUCAACGACCGGGUGCUGCGGGCCAUGCUCAAGGCGGAGGAGACCUGCGCACCCUCCGUGUCCUACUUCAAGUGUGUGCAGAAGGAGAUCCUGCCGUCCAUGCGGAAGAUCGUGGCCACCUGGAUGCUGGAGGUCUGCGAGGAGCAGAAGUGCGAGGAGGAGGUCUUCCCGCUGGCCAUGAACUACCUGGACCGCUUCCUGUCGCUGGAGCCGGUGAAAAAGAGCCGCCUGCAGCUGCUGGGGGCCACCUGCAUGUUCGUGGCCUCGAAGAUGAAGGAGACCAUCCCCCUGACGGCCGAGAAGCUGUGCAUCUACACUGACAACUCCAUCCGGCCUGACGAGCUGCUGCAAAUGGAGCUGUUCCUGGUGAACAAACUCAAGUGGAACCUGGCCGCGAUGACCCCGCAUGAUUUCAUCGAGCACUUCCUCUCUAAGAUGCCCGUGGCGGAAGAGAACAGACAGAUCAUCCGCAAGCACGCACAGACCUUCGUCGCCCUCUGUGCCACAGACGUGAAGUUCAUCUCCAACCCGCCCUCCAUGGUGGCAGCUGGGAGUGUGGUGGCCGCCGUGCAAGGCCUGCACCUGGGGAGUUCCAGCAGCUUCCUGUCCUACCACCGCCUCACUCGGUUCCUUUCCAAAGUGAUUAAGUGUGACGCGGACUGUCUCCGGGCGUGCCAGGAGCAGAUUGAAGCCCUGCUGGAGUCCAGCUUGCGCCAGGCCCAGCAGCAGAGCCUGGACCCCAAGGCGGCGGCGGAGGAGGAGGAGGAGGAGGAGGCCGACCUGGCAUGCACGCCCACCGAUGUGCGAGAUGUGAACAUUUGAGGGCGCGCGCGUGCGCGGGAGGGGCCGGCCCCAGGUGCUCCCCUGACAGGACCGUGUUCCUUGCCAGGACCGGUCACCACCAGAAGGGAAAGCUUUCCUUCUCCUUUACUGUCGGUUUGUUUCCUUUGCUCUUUCCUCCCUUCCGUCUCUGACUUAAGCAAAAGAAGAAAAACUGUCCUUAAAAAAAAAAAAAAACAAACAAAAAGAGAAGAAAAAAGAAAUAGUAUUUGCAUAACCCUGAGCUGGGGGGUGGGGGGAGGUUUGCUACAAAAAUAGAGGAUCUUAUACCCCAUAAUCAACUAGAUUUUAUAUGGAUGUGUUUGUGUCUCUGUGUUGUUAAGGAUAGGCAUUAACACAAGGAACGAGUCUGCAGGGGAGGAUUAGAUUUGAUUACGUGUUUAAAACAAAA